AUACACCGGUCUCCCUUCCUCAGGUUCCCAGCCUGAGGCGGACUGGUGAGCUCCAGCGGAUUGGCUAACUCCAGGAGGCGGGUCAGCUUCGAGUCUACUUGCUGGUUGGAGAAGCUGACCUCUAAGGGCGGUGCCUUGCCUUGGCCAGUUGGCGCCUGCGAUUGGCUCGCGACCUGGUUCCGCCGAGGCGUGGUAGGAAGUGGGAACCGUCAAUCACGAAGGGAGACUCCAAACAGUGAGGCUUGAGCUGGAGCGCAGCGUUUACCGGCGGGGCGGCCGGUUUUAUGAAUGAAGCUAUGGCUACAGAUUCUCCUCGAAGACCCAGUCGAUGUACUGGUGGGGUUGUGGUUCGACCUCAGGCUGUCACAGAGCAGUCCUACAUGGAGAGUGUUGUGAAUUUUCUGCAGGAUGUUGUGCCACAGGCUUACAGUGGAACACCUGUAACAGAAGAAAAGGAGAAGAUUGUUUGGGUCAGAUUUGAAAAUGCAGAUUUAAAUGAUACGUCACGAAAUCUGGAGUUUCAGGAAAUACAUACCACUGGAAAUGAACCACCUUUGCUGAUUAUGAUUGGCUACAGUGAUGGAUUGCAGGUCUGGAGCAUCCCUAUCAGUGGAGAAGCACAAGAGCUCUUCUCUGUUAGGCAUGGCCCAGUUCGAGCAGCAAGAAUUUUGCCUGCCCCACAGUGUGGUGCUCAAAAGUGUGAUAGCUUUGCUGAGAAAAGACCUCUCCUUGGUGUUUGUAAGAGCACUGGAUCAUCUGGCACAAGCCCACCGUACUGCUGUGUGGAUCUUUAUUCUCUUCGUACUGGUGAGAUGGUGAAGUCCAUUCAGUUUAAAACACCCAUUUAUGAUCUCCACUGCAAUAAGCGGAUCCUUGUCGUAGUCUUGCAGGAGAAAAUCGCUGCCUUUGAUAGCUGCACUUUCACAAAAAAAUUUUUUGUUACAAGUUGUUACCCUUGCCCAGGACCGAAUAUGAAUCCUAUUGCUCUUGGGAGUCGCUGGCUUGCUUAUGCAGAAAACAAGUUGAUUCGAUGCCAUCAGUCCCGUGGUGGAGCCUGCGGAGACAACAUUCAGUCUUAUACUGCCACAGUAAUUAGUGCUGCCAAAACCUUGAAAAGUGGCCUGACAAUGGUUGGGAAAGUGGUCACCCAGCUGACAGGCACACUGCCCUCAGGUGUGACAGAGGAUGAUGUCACCAUCCAUAGUAAUUCUCGGAGGAGUCCUCUGGUUCCUGGAAUUAUUACAGUAAUCGAUACUGAAACUGUUGGAGAGGGGCAGGUACUUGUGAGUGAAGAUUCUGACAGUGAUGGUAUUGUGGCCCACUUCCCUGCCCAUGAGAAACCUGUGUGCUGCAUGGCUUUUAAUACAAGUGGAAUGCUUCUAGUCACAACAGAUACCCUUGGCCAUGACUUUCAUGUCUUCCAAAUUUUAACUCACCCGUGGUCCUCAUCACAAAGCGCUGUGCACCAUCUUUACACACUUCACAGGGGAGAGACUGAAGCCAAAGUGCAAGACAUCUGCUUCAGCCAUGACUGUCGUUGGGUUGUAGUAAGUACCCUCCGGGGUACUUCCCACGUGUUCCCCAUCAACCCCUAUGGUGGCCAGCCUUGUGUUCGAACACAUACAUCACCACGAGUAGUAAACCGCAUGAGCCGUUUCCAGAAAAGUGCUGGACUGGAAGAGAUUGAACAAGAAUUGACGUCUAAACAGGGAGGUCGCUGUAGCCCUGUUCCAGGACUAUCAAGCAGUCCUUCUGGCUCACCCCUACAUGGGAAACUGAAUAGCCAAGACUCGUAUAACAAUUUUACCAACAACAAUCCUGGCAAUCCUCGACUUUCUCCUCUUCCCAGUUUGAUGGUAGUGAUGCCUCUUGCACAAAUCAAGCAGCCAAUGACAUUGGGUACCAUCACCAAAAGGACAGGGCCUUAUCUCUUUGGAGCGGGGUGUUUUUCCAUAAAAGCUCCAUGCAAAGUUAAACCACCUCCACAGAUUUCACCUAGCAAAUCAGUGGGUGGAGAAUUUUGUGUGGCUGCUGUCUUUGGAACAUCCAGGUCAUGGUUUGCAAAUAAUGCAGGUCUGAAAAGAGAAAAAGAUCAGUCCAAACAAGUUGUAGUUGAAUCUCUCUACAUUAUCAGUUGCUAUGGCACCUUAGUGGAGCACAUGAUGGAGCCACGAGCCCUCAGCACUGCCCACAAGAUCAGUGAUGACACUCCACUGGAAAUGAUGACAUCUCCUCGAGCCAGCUGGACUCUGGUUAGAACCCCUCAGUGGAAUGAAUUGCAGCCACCAUUUAAUGCAAACCACCCUCUGCUCCUCGCUGCAGAUGCAGUACAGUAUUACCAGUUCCUGCUUGCCGGCCUGGUGCCCCCUGGAAGUCCUGGACCCAUUACUCGACAUGGGUCCUAUGACAGUUUAGCCUCUGACCAUAGUGGACAAGAAGAUGAGGAAUGGCUUUCACAGGUUGAAAUCGUAACACACACUGGACCCCAUAGACGUCUGUGGAUGGGGCCACAGUUCCAGUUCAAAACCAUACACCCUUCAGGCCAAACCACAGUCAUAUCAUCUAGUUCAUCGGUGUUGCAGUCUCAUGGUCCGAGUGACACUCCACAGCCCCUUUUGGAUUUUGAUACUGAUGAUCUAGAUCUCAACAGCCUGAGGAUCCAACCCGUCCGCUCUGACCCAGUCAGCAUGCCAGGGUCCUCCCGUCCAGUUUCUGAUCGAAGGGGAAUUUCCACAGUGAUUGAUGCUGCCUCAGGUACCUUUGACCGGAGCGUGACCCUGCUGGAGGUGUGUGGGAGCUGGCCUGAGGGCUUUGGGCUGCGACACAUGUCCUCCAUGGAGCACACAGAGGAAGGUCUGCGGGAGCGCCUCGCUGACGCCAUGGCCGAGUCACCCAGCCGUGACGUUGUGGGAUCUGGAACAGGGAAAAAAAAAGGAAAAAAAAAACAAUGCCAACAGCCCAGCGCCCGUGAGCAACCCAACAAUAACAAAGCGUGCGUUCGCGAUGGAGGCAGAACUUCAGCGAGAGGGAAGCAUCGAGACUCUGAGUAACAGCUCAGGUUCCACCAGCGGCAGCAUCCCGAGAAACUUUGACGGCUAUCGAUCUCCACUCCCCACCAACGAGAGUCAGCCCCUCAGCCUCUUCCCCACUGGUUUCCCGUAGUUCCCAGCAAUCUGCUUCAGACCAGCCAGCCCACUCACCCGCUGGAAGGAGGGGAGAAGGCCCCCACGCCUCAACCCUAACCCUGCAGCCUCUGCUCCUCUGUCGUCACCGUUUCCCCAAGCCCGGUGAUUAUCAGCCACCUGUCUGGAGAAGAGACCCCUACCCAGAGCACAUCCUGAUCUCAUCCGCCCGCUUGGCAGGGGGCUGUGGCCUCAGAGACUGCAGAUGCUCAGUCUCCAUCUCCAUUCGCAUUUGAUGUCCUGCGUUGGAUCCGCUUUUGUAUUUUCUAACCAUACCCACAGGGGCCCUGGAACACUGGGUUGGGAGGGGGUAGUUGGUUCCAGCCGGGGACUUGAGCCUGAGUGGACAGGCUCAGUCCCAGCCCUCUGAGCUGUGACACACUCUG